AAGAAAAAGAGUAGACUAUUCGUUGAUGGUGCAACGUCUCAGUCCAAAUCCAACAAAACCCAUUCAUUUUUCUUCAUUUUCUUCUGGGUCCAUUUCUCUCUCACUAUUUCAACAUUCCACUUUAUUUCCACCGCAUCACACCACCACUCAUUUUCCAAACCCAAUAAAUCAAAAAAACCAAAAACCUAUGCAUCACCAUUUCUCUUUCCACCACAAUCUUCGUUCAAAAAUGUGUAUAAUAUCUCUCUGAUCCCAAGUUCCAGUAUCAGAAUCAUGAAUCAAAGAGAGUGGGUGCGGUUGAAGAUUUGCGUCAGGGAGUUCAUGAUUGGGGUUUCCGAGUUAACUGUGGAGUUUGGGAAAGGUUGUAGGGAUAUAGUGAAACAAAGCUUAGUGAAUCAAGAUUCGUUUCUUGUUAGGAAAUUUGGAAAGAGUUGGAAUAGAGUAAGAGAACCCUGUAACGAGAUGUUCAAGAAAUUGAGCUUUUUUAAUCAGUAUUUGCCUGAGGAUAAAGACCCACUUCAUGUAUGGUCUGUCAUAUUCUUCGUUUCCUUACUUGCUUUCUCAGCGUUGUAUGUAAAUUUUGAGUAUGAUUCAUCUGCUCCAUUUGUGAAACAAGUAUUUUUGCAUCCUGCUAGUGCUUCUCGCAUUGUGCUUCCGGAUGGAAGAUACAUGGCAUAUAAGGAGCGAGGUGUUUCGGCCGAUAGGGCUAGAUUUUCAAUUAUUGCUCCUCAUACUUUUCUUUCGUCUCGGCUAGCAGGAAUUCCUGGAGUUAAAGAUUCACUGCUGGAAGAGUUCGGCAUUCACUUGCUCACUUAUGAUCUGCCUGGUUUUGGCGAGAGUGAUCCUCAUCCCAAACGAACCCUUGAAUCUUCAGCAAUAGAUAUGUCGUAUUUAGCUGAUGCUCUUGGUGUUGACAAGUUUUGGGUUAUUGGUUACUCAAGUGGAAGCAAACAUGCCUGGGCUGCACUUAGAUACAUACCUGAUAGACUUGCUGGUGCUGCCAUGUUUGCCCCCAUGGUGAACCCAUAUGAUCCUAUGAUGACAAAGGAAGAGAGACGAAGAACCUGGAUCAAAUGGACGCGAAAAAGAAAAUUCAUGUACUUCUUAGCUCAAAGUUUUCCUAGAUUUCUUGGUUUCUUCUAUCAGCGAAGUUUCUUGUCAGGGAAGCAUGGUCAGAUUGAUAGGUGGCUGUCUUUAUCUCUUGGAAAUAGGGAUAAAGCACUAUUGGAAGAUCCAAUCUAUGAAGAAUUUUGGCAAAGGGAUGUUGAAGAAUCGAUCAGGCAAGGAAAUGUGAAACCCUUUGUGGAGGAAGCUGCUUUGCAGGUCUCAAAUUGGGGUUUCAGCCUUGUAGACCUCAAGUUGCAGAAACGAAAAUACAAUAGGAAGAAUGUGCUUAAUUGGCUCAAAGCAAUUUUCACAGAAACUCAAGAGUAUGAGGGCUUUCUCGGUCCAAUACAUAUAUGGCAAGGAAUGGACGAUACAGUGGUUCCACCUUCGAUGACUGAUUUUGUGCAUCGCGUACUACCUGGAGCUGCAGUACAUAAACUCCCAUAUGAAGGUCAUUUCACCUAUAUCUACUUUUGUGAUGAAUGCCACAGACAGAUAUUUACUACACUUUUCGGAACUCCGCAAGGUCCUCUCAGACUCGGUGUUUCUUUAGAAGUAGAUCCAAGUAUUCUAGAAGAUAAUGCUGAACAGUAAGAAGUAGCAAGUAGUGGUGAUAGUGCCACAAAUUAGAAGUAUACACAAGAGGAUAAAAUGCUAUUUCUUUUACAAUUUUUUCUGGCCAAUAUCAUCACCAUUCUAUGAUGUGUAUAUACAUAUAUAGUUUUGCUUCAUCUCGAAUGGAGCAGUAAAGGAAAGAAAAUAAAAUCAGUGUUUGUGCCCCUGUUUUUGGGCUCUGUUGGAA